AUGUACGAUUUCCGUAAAAAAAAAUUACCAACAAUUCCAAAAUCACUGGAAGAAUCAAAAUUUCAAUUGUUUAACUUGCGCUAUACUCUUAAAACUAAUUUAGAUGAAUAUUUUUGCUACAUGGAAGAAAUUUCAAAUAUAGUUGUAUUGACUUGCCCAACUAAUCUGGAUAUAUUAAGUUGUUCAAAUCAUAUUUUUGCUGAUGGCACAUUUUUACAUUCGCCAAAAUACUAUGAUCAACUGAACACAAUUCAUACGCUACAAAACGGUUUUUAUAUUCCUUUAAUAUACUGUUUUUUGACGUCAAAAUCAACUGAAUAUUUAAUUAUGUAG